AUGAUCAGAAUAACAGUAAUCAGAAUUAAGUACAACAAAUCGGAACAAUCAGAAUUAUCAUUCAGAACAAAAUUUUCAGAAGGACAGGAACUCCAGAUCGGUAUCGAGUACUCUAUCUUUUCAGAAUCAAAGGAAAAAAGUAUGGAACAACCGACGCAAGAGAUAACAGAAGGGGGAUUUAUGCCAUCUACCAAACUUGAUAUUUUAAAGAACAUGACUGGUGACUUUAAUAUUUAUAAUUUAUCCUCUAUUACUAUCGAACCAGCAUUAAUUGAAUUGCUGGCUAGAGUCAACACCUUUGUUCCUAGUAGAAAUAUGAAUGUUGCUAAAACUUUAAUCGAUUUAAAGUGUUAUGUAAGGAAAUUAAAUUUAACCCUUCUUUUAGGUACUUCAUUAGAUACUAAUUCUACCUUUAGAAUAGCAAGUACUUAUAAUCCUCCACUUCACCCCUGGCUUAGUUUGUAUGAGAAUGUAUGUGAGUUAGAUAUUAGACAUAUUGUCAAUUCAUGUACACGUAAAAUUGAUGGUAUUUAUAGUAAAAAUAACAUUGGCUAUGAACAAGCACAAGCAUUAAAAUUUCUUAGCUCCUUACAGGUUAGAAUAACUAAGCCAGAUAAAGGUGGAUUGGUAAUUUUUGACAUCAUAGAUUAUAACAAUAAAAUGGAGGUUGUUUUGAAUAACAACGCUUACUCUAAAUCAUCAUUGAAUGAGAUGAAUAUAGCACAUUCACAUAGCAGGGGUUAUUUUAAUGAUUUGUUUGAGGCAAAAAUUGACCUCUAUGUAAAUAAUUACAUUAAUAUACCAUAUCCUAGAACACCAGUAAUGUUUGGCAUCCCCAAGAUACACAAGGACAAGUUAAAUCCACCCAUGAGGCCGCUUAUUAAUGUACUUGAUGUGAAUGUAGCAGUAAUCCUGUUUCUUUCUACUGGGAUUAGUGAUCCAUCUCCUUUGCUUAAGGAAAACAGUGAGCAGCAACAUUUUGAUGAAAGUAGUGUGGGAUUCAUAGAGGAGAUGGCACAAUGUGCAGGAGAGUGGGGAAGUGCCCUUGCUCAGGAAAAGCUCAGUGUGCUUCUUGAUCAUAACAUCAUCACAGUUGCAUCUGGCGAUGAGCACAGCUUAGCAGUCAGUGACAGAGGUUUAGUGUUUUCAUGGGGAGCUGGAAAUGAUGGACAGCUUGGACAUGGCAGUUCAGAAGAUGUAGUUACUGCGCCAAGGUUGAUAAAGGGUUUAUCAGAUCACUUGGUUUCUCAAGUCUCUUGUGGCAGUUCUCACUGUAUAGCUCUAGCAAAAGAUGGCCAGCUGUUUACCUGGGGGCUUAACAGCCAUGGGCAACUUGGUUUGGGUAAAGGUCUGUCUUCUCAGGUCAGUCCUCAAGUUGUGAAGUAUCUUUAUGGAAUUCCAUUGUCUCAGAUUGCUGCAGGCGGGUGCCAUAGCUUUGCUCUCUCUCUUUCGGGAGCUGUCUUUGGAUGGGGGCAGAACACAAUGGGACAGCUAGGACUUAAUGAUGAAAAAGACAGGGAUGUUCCAUGUCACGUCAAGUCUUUGCGAACACAGAAGAUUGUGUAUAUUAGUUGUGGUGAAGAGCACACUGCAGCUCUUACAAAGAAUGGUGGUGUUUUCACAUUUGGAGCUGGUUCUUCUGGACAGCUGGGGCAUGAUUCUACAAAUAAUGAGAUCAACCCAAGGAAAGUGCAGGAACUGAUGGGUAGCGAAGUCUCCCAGAUUGCUUGUGGCAGGCAGCAUACACUAGCCUUUGUGCCAUCUACUGGAGCUAUUUAUGCAUUUGGAUGUGACAAACUUGGACAGCUGGGCAUCGGUAGAAGAUCUUUAUUUGCUGCUGCUCCAUAUCCAGUUAAGGGACUCUGGACAGCUUAUAGCAGGCAACCGCCAAGUAGUAUUGAUGUCUCCAGAUUUUAUGUCGUUAAAUGCAUCUUUUGUGGGGGAGAUCAGAGUUUUGCAGUGUGCUUCAGAUAUGAGAAUUCCAUCUUCCCUGAUGACUUUCGCACUAUUAACCAUGCAAGAUGCCCCAAACUUAUAAAUUCUGAAACAGUUGACUUAUGGAGACAGAAACUUACAGAUGGCAGUGACUCUUGCACAGCUAGUGGUAUUAUUAAAGUGCUGUCCUCUGCUGCCUGCUGGAAUGGGAGUUUUCUUGAUGAGAAAAAUGAUGAACAUUUCAAAACUAAUCCCAAAAUCCCAGGGAUUGACCUAGAUUUAGUUAGCUCAUUGUUUGGAAAGCUAACAAAUGCGCAUUAUUCCAACCUACUGGAAAAGGCUUGUGAAAGCUUUGGUAGCUUUCUGAUUCCUCAGAUGUCAAGUUCCCCACCUGAUGUGGAAGCAAUGAGAAUCUAUUUAAUACUUCCUGAAUGUCCUCUUCUGCAGGAUUCUAAGUAUUACAUGACACUGACCAUUCCAUUAGCAAUGGCAAUUAUUAGACUGGAUGCAAAUCCUGGCAAAGUAUUGGACAAGUGGUGGUGUCGGAUAGAUCCAAAAUAUUUCUUUAAACUGGUGGAAAUUUACAAACAUACAGUUGUAUACCUUUUAACUGGAAGAAACAACUUACCGGUUCCUGCCCUUUUUAAUACAUACAUCACAGCUGCUCUAAGGUUGCUGGAAAAGCUUCAUCUGGUGAAUAUCAAAGCAAGACAUGUGGAGUAUGAUAAGUUUUAUAUUCGUGAGAUAAGUGACUUGGUGGAUAUUCAGGAAGAUUAUCUCAUGUGGUUCGUAAACAAUGCUAGCUCAAAAACUAGAUCAUCUAUCAAGCAGGAUUCAGUGCUGCUGUCUUCUUACCCCUUUGUGUUUGAUGCUCAGGCCAAAACUAAAAUGCUUCAGACUGAUGCUGAACUGCAGAUGCAGGUAGCCGUAAAUGGAGCCAAUAUACAGAAUAUCUUUAUGCUUCUCACUAUGGAGCCUCUGCUUGCUCGAAAUCCAUUCCUAGUGUUACAUGUCCGUAGGGAAAACCUAGUUAGUGAUGCCUUAAGAGAACUUAGUAUACAUGGUGACUUGGAUCUGAAGAAGCCAUUGAAGGUAAAUUUUGAUGGCGAAGAGGCUGUGGAUGCUGGAGGUGUUACAAAGGAAUUUUUCCUGCUGUUGCUGAAAGAGCUUUUGGACCCCAUCUAUGGAAUGUUCACCUACUACACAGAGUCCAACCUUCUCUGGUUUUCAGACAUAUGUUUUGUUGAGCACAAUUGGUUCCAUUUGAUUGGCAUCAUAUGCGGACUAGCAAUUUAUAAUUUCACAGUUGUAGACCUCAACUUUCCGUUGGCUCUUUAUAAGAAGUUGCUUAAUGUUGAGCCCAGCCUGGAGGAUCUCAAGGAAUUGUCACCAUCUGAAGGAAGGAGCCUUCAGCAGCUACUAGAUUACACUGGUGAUGAUUUUGAGGAAACUUUCUGCUUGAAUUUCUCGAUGUACAGGGAGAGUUAUGGAGUCUGCAUACAGCGUCAACUCAUUCCGAGAGGUGAUAAUAUUACAAAAUGUAAGGAUAAUUACAAGGAUGGUUUUUUUUAUUUCAGACAGGAAUUUGUAGAUGCCUACGUGAACUAUAUCUUCAAUCUGGCCAUUUCUGAAUGGUACUCUGCAUUUUCUAGUGGCUUCUUGAAAGUCUGUGGAGGAAAGGUGCUAGAGCUGUUUCAGCCUUCUGAGCUGAAAGCCAUGGUCGUAGGAAGCAGCAAUUAUAACUGGGAAGAACUAGAAACUAAUGCUGUGUACAAAGGGGAUUAUUCAGCUGAACAUCCCACCGUGAAGAUAUUCUGGGAAGUCUUCCAUGAAUUUCCACUCUUUAAGAAGAAAAAAUUUCUUUUAUUUCUGACUGGCAGUGAUCGUAUCCCCAUUUAUGGUAUGUCCAGUUUACAAAUCAUCAUACAGCCUAUGUCUGCAAGUGAGCAGCACCUGCCCGUGGCUCACACCUGCUACAACAUUCUUGACUUGCCGAAAUACAGAACCAAAGAACUACUGGAGCUGAAGCUUACACAGGCCAUUGAACAUUACGAGGGUUUCAGUUUGGUAUGAAAAAGCACCUGCCUCUUUGGUAGCUAUCAGAAGUCAGCAGUACACUUUUUCUUCUACAGUUUAACAGCAGCAAUAAAGAGGAAAUAUCCUCAAUUAUUCUGUGAAGUUAUUGCUAUAUGGGUGAAAGGUGACUGAAUUCAGGGGCUAUUACUGCUGUCUUAACUUGGUAUUUGGCAGUAGACUGUUUCUUUUACAUUGUGCAUAGAGUUUAUUUAUUUUUUUAAGUAAAAUCACAUGGCUUUCUGCUUUUUCUUCCCCAUUUUUGUUGGUCCCAUUUCAACUACAGAUUAUAUUUAUCCCGUAAUGUGUUUGAACUAAGAGAAUUGCUUCCUAGGUGUUUCUCUGGAUAGUGAAAUGUUAGACAGUUCAUAACUUCCUCUAGGGAACUAAGGCUGUAUGAAGUGGCUGCAAAAAAUAUUUUCUGUUCGGUGGACCUCUUCAAAAACGUCAUUGUAUGGUAGUUAAUGCAUCUGAUGCUGUGAAAAUUGGAGUAAAUUUGAGCAGAAUUGCUUACUUUUCAAUGCAGUACAUACUCUCAUACAGUUGAUCUACAGUAGCAGUGUUUUACAGUAUUUUUCUUCUGACCAUAUUGUGGAAGCGUGUGUGUAUGUGAUGGUGAUCAUGAGGAGUGGGGUGGGGGAUGCAUGUAUAAAAUUCUAUGUAGCUGUUUAGAUGACCACACAUAAAACCUGGCUGUCAGUUUUGCUGCCUGCUAUGCAGUGGACUGGAAGGUUAAAUCUUGUCAGAAGCAAUGCUGCAUGCUUUUCCUGUGUUGGUUCUUGCUCAAGCAGCAGUAAUAGCACUAUUGUAGCACAGCCAUGCUGAAUGCAAGUAUUAGGUAGAACAUUCUCACAUAUGCUGGUACAACUGCAACACUUUGUUUGUGGCCAAGUUUUAAUAUCUUUUGUAUGUAAUUAGAUGAAUAGAAGUGCAUUGUGUUUUGUGAAAGGCAAACAGAAACAGAUGCCUAGAGAUUUUUAUCAACAAAUGCUCCACUCAGUGAUUUUUGUAAUACUUCCUGUUAGCACAAAAGCAUUAAAAUGCUUACUUGAUGCUUCUGACAUUCUGUCCUUGGAUCUGCUUUUUUACGUUUUGUUCAGCUGUAUCCUUCCAACAGCUGUUUUGCAGGACCCUUGAGAGGUAACGAGUGUUCUGUGCUGGUAUGUCACACCCCCAGUUUUGUAUUUCUGAGGUUAAAUGUAAAGCUGACCAGUAUUUAGCCUCUGUUUACUACAGAAGGUACUUCAAAACUGAGUUUUGACAUAUUCAGAGCUGCUUUGCACUUGAGUCAUUGUUGAUUCUGACCCAGAUCCUGUGCAGCCUUAUGAGUUAGUGGUGCCUGUUGCAGAACAUUUGUCAGUGUAUCACAGCUGCUGUUGGACUGAAUCAGGCAAAGGCAUGGCAGGAUUUUGAGUGCUAGCCAGGAAAAAUGUGUACUUUGAGCACUAAAUGAGAAGUAAGUUUUCAUCAGCAUUAGAGCCGUGCAUUGAUGAGUUUCCUAUUAAACACUUGAUUUUGAAAAAGCUGUAAACUGGUCACCAUUUUUGGCCUAUUAAUUUACACUGGCAGUCGCAAUAUCAAGCCUUGCCAAGUAGGUAGUCUUGUGUCAUUUUCUGUAGUAGCCCCCCCCCCCCCAUUCCAAAGUACACUGUAUUAGAGAUGAGGUAUCAUAUGUUCUGCAUGCACACUUGAAAGGGCCGCAUUUGCUGUAAUGAGCAUAAUGGUUUUAUUCCGACUUCAGUAUCUUAAAAUGUUCAAACCAAAAUGUGAUUAAGUUACUCCAAUGCAGUCAGAAAAAGCUAAUGACUUUUCUUAAGUUUAAUUUGUUACAUCAGACACUGCACAAUAAUUGUUAUAAACAUAGUUAUGAGUUUACAAAAUGUUUUGAUCCAGUACAUAAUGUAGCAUAAAGUUUUGAGUUCAUAAUCAAUUUAAAAGUAGAAUCCAACUCUAUUGCAUAGCUCUGCUGCUUUGUGGUUAAUAUCGCCAUAUAAAAAGGGAUGCACAUCCAGUCCCUGUGAGCAACUGUGAAUGCCUUAACACAAUUGUAAAAUUUCUUAAUGAAACCAUUAUGCAAUGAUUGCAUAGACCACUGAUGGUCUUGUAAAUACUAUAUGCAUGUUAGCUUUUAUUCUUCCUGAUAUUCUGGAUUUUUAUGCACUGUACUGAUAACUUUAAUUGUGUAUAAAUUGUAGUUUUAUCUGUGUUCAAGCUGUUCAUAGUACCUUCACCUCACAACGGCAGUCCAGAAGCAGUGUCCACUUAAUUUACUACAUUUCUUGUUAGUUCCAUUGCAUUCAAACAGGAAACGGUGCAAUAAAUGUAAACCUCUUUUUCCAAACCUAAACUGUUGCAAAUAUUCAUGGUUUAUAGCUACAUUAACAUGUAGACUGUACACUGCAUCUGGCUGUGUGAGGUAGUGGAGGUCCACUUCAAGUAACAACAACAAAAAAAUCUCAGCUGUUUGUGACAAGGAUUGUAAUAAUUGUUACCAGUUGAAAUGACUGGAAAUUUAAGAUUGCAAAUGUUAAGUGUUGCAACUGGGCAAAAAACUGAUCUGGAGAUGAUGAUCUAGUAAAUGACCAGUGUUAUCUCUUGAUCAGAAAACAUAUUUUAUUAAAUUACAUUAAAAUAGUGUUUUAACUGAUUGGCCAGAAAAUAUUAAGUAUGUUUCAUAUUAAAUAAAUGAUAUUUUUUUAAGUGAA